CGGCGUUUGAUGCCUAGGGUUUGAAGAUACUCACUGCAGGUGUUACUGGUAUACUCUCCUGCUCCGUCACUUUGAAGUUCUUGGAGCUUCUCCUUCGACUCUCUCUCAGCGACUGUAAGCCAUGCGACGAAAAUGGAGUGAGCCAUAUGGCGAGCUAGGAUGUUGAUAGUCCAAAUGUAGCGAGUAGAAGCUUCGAUAAAAAUAUAUAAUAUAGAGUUCCCCCUUAGUCCCGGCUUCAGGUAAGUUCGGGAUGUCGCUGUAGACUUUCUGCAUAAGCGUGUAGCGAAUCGAUCCUGGAAAGUGACUUGGAAAAGGUUCAUGUAGAAGAUUAGCAGUGGUACACAUGGUGCAGACGGUCAGUCGGGAUGACGGAUUCAUCUUUGUUCCAUCAGGUAAGAGUAAACUGUUCUUGUCAAGAACGGAUGCUAGUAUAGAAUGAUUUAAUAUCCCCUGAGAUGGAUGACCUAACCGUUGAUGGCCCCGUGGCAACUCUGCUGGACGAUGUCGCAUUCCCUGUUCGUGCCGAACUCUGUUGUCAAGGGUAGACCACUAGAUUCAAUGCUAUGCUCCCCUUUUCUCUGUUUUGCAAAUGUGAACUCAGUUGGGUUGUGCUCUUAACACGCUCCAAAUCCUAACCGUCCACCCAUCUAGCCCCGUCGGCUCGCGGUUGUCGCAAACUUCUUAUGUACAGGCAUUAGAACGACCGGCCUAAGUGGCUAUACUGUUCGACCUACUUCUACAACUACGUCUUGCGGGACCGGGACACCAAGUCCAAGAACUUUGCCUACGGUCAAAACAUCAUGGACUUUCAAUACCUCAUAGUGCCUCUACAUGAAGCGUACGUAAUAACUGCUUGUCAAAUACGGCCUUAACAGGCGCCGCAAUCAAUUACAACUCCAUCGUUGGCUUACCCAUCCCUUCUACCCGUCCGCAGGGGACAUUGGAGCUUACUCGUAAUCAAGAACGAUGUUCAGCCAGCAGACAAAAUCCCCGAGCCAAGCAUUCUCAUUCACGCCUACUCAUACGACAUGUAUUUGCGGCGGCAGAUGCACAAGAUCAGGCCCUACGUGAAGGACGCGUGCGCCCGUGAAUGGGCGGGCCGUAUAGCAAUGCGCAAGAUGCAGGUGCCCAAGCAGCCCAACAACCAUGACUGUGGCAUGUACUGUAUGAAGUUCAUGCAAGUGCUCGUCGAGCACAACUUCAGGUAUACACGUCGUAUCAAGCUGUACGGCCAUGCUGAACAUUGGCGAGAGGAGCUACACAUCCAUCUCGUCAUGUGUUCCGUCUACUACUUGCAUUUUGGCCAACGUGUGUCGUCUCUACCAGAACUCAUCCGGGAGCUCCUAUACGGUGGUGAUGGUCAACCACCGGAUGACCAGGUCAUUAUGCAGUAGCCAUGACUCCCAAACAGUAUGGGAAGGGGAGGAGGGAGGAGACUGGGUUGAGGGAGCAGUUACUGUAAUUGGCUUGUUAAUGCCAAAACAAGUAGACGCUGUCGCUUACUCCUAGGCAGUAGUAGGUUGGUCGCCAGAGUUGCCCAUUGUGGAUAUGAAUGUGGUGUUCUAAAGGUUGGAUGUGACUUCCGCUAAGGGGAAACUCUGCCGAAAUUUCGUGGAGGCUGACACUUGUGAAAAUAUCGAGGGAGCUGAGUGUGGACAGCAAAGGGGAGCUGAAAUUCGUCAUUUCUCAAGGAGGAGAUGAAUGAGAGAGGAGGAGAUGCUAAUGGAAGAGGAGCUGUAGCUGAGAAGGCAAGUGAGCCGCCGCAAUCAAAAGUUGAAGCUUUGGAUGGCUCCAACUAUGAGGAAUGGAGCGGACGGAUGAGGAGUGCCUUCAAACGCUACAAGCUACUGAAGAUUGCUGUUGGGGAAGAGAAGAUGCCGGAAGAAGGCGAAGCACGCGAACGGUGGAUUGAGAAAAGCGCGGUGCUUUUCGACCUCAUUCUUCAAUCGGUCAACAAGGAGAUGUUCGAGCACAUCAAGGAUCUUGUGGAAGCGGAUGAUUCGGGUCCAAGGGCGUGGAAACUACUACGCGAUGUGAUUCAGCCCAACACUCUCCCAAUGGUGAUCGUGCUCGAGAAGGAACUUGCUGCCAUCUCCAUGCGACCAGGGGAUGAUGUGAAGCCGGUCCUUGACAAGAUCAAGGACACCUAUGCAAGGAUGGCAGCAGCGGGCAGUAGUGUAUCUCAGCUGCAGCAGUGCACCAAGAUCAUCUCGGUGUUGGACAACUCUUGGGACAACCUCAUCCCCACCCUCAACUCUCAGCAAGAUCAAUGGACACCUGAGUGGCUAAGGCAGCAGAUUCUGCAGGAGGACUUCCGCAGACGCCAUGUGGGAGGCGGUGCUGCCACUAAGACUGCUGAGGGGUAUGGAGCUGCAGGGCGCAGCAGAGGAAGAGGGGGUUGGAGAGGCCGAGGCCGUGGGAGGAGCUUUGGCAGAGGUAGAGGCCGAGGUGACUAUAAUGAGGGGCAUGGAAGCUCCAGUGGCAGGGGGAGUACCAGAAUGGAGGGCACCUGCUGGUACUGCAAGAAGGUCGGGCAUCCUUGGUUCAAGUGCUUCAGCAGGCCGGAGGGAUGGUCACCUCCAGGCAUGAAGCCGCCCAGUGGUGAACGUGCACAAGGUGGCGCUGUGCAAGGCUCAGGUGCACAAGGUGAAGGUGCACAAGGUAAUGCCUAUCCUGGGAUGUUUCUCAUGGUUGAGGAUGUGCAUGGGCAUGAGGGUGAUGUGGGAUCUGUGGGAAAGGUUGUGAUGCACCCUCUCAUGCACUGGGUGAUUGAUUCGGGUUGCAUCAGUCACAUGACCCCACGGGCAGAUUUGCUUGAUGAGGUAAAACCCCCUGGGAAGAUCAAGUAUGUGGCAGCAGCGUCAGGUGCUUUGCUCCCUGUGAUUGGCGUUGGGAAUGCCAAGGUUAAGGGAGCUAAUGGGGAGCUUGUGGGGCUUGGGAAUGUUCUGCUAGUUGAAGGUUUGUCUGCUAACCUUCUCUCUGUGCGGCGACUGCAGAAGAGCAAGGCCGAAGUGACCUUUGGACCAACCAGCUGCCGUGCUAAGCUUGGGAAGAAGGUGCUGUGGAGUCUGGAAGAGGAGACCAGCUGCAUCAAGGACCUAUGGCAGCUGCCCAUCAUCCCUUGGAAUGGGAAGACUCCAACAACAGCAACGGCAGCAGCGGCAAAGGCAACAGCAGGAGGAGAUGCAACUGCACCAACUGAUGGGGUCCUGGAAGCAGUCAAGAAAGUGCAGAAGCAGCAGACACAUGGUGAGGUGCUUGCUGGUGUGGAUGCGAGUGCGGCAUGUGCUAAGGCUUCAUCAAGGAGUGGAGAGGCCGAUUGGGAGACAUGGCAUGAGAGGUUGUGUCAUGUGAACUUCCCUAUGCUGCAGAAGUUGGUGAAGAAUGGGAGCCUGAAGGGCUUGGAGGUGAAAGGGGAAGUGAAGGAGAUUGGGAGCUGUCCUACAUGCUUGGAGACCAAGUUCUCCAAGUUCCCCUUCAACAGCACUACAGGACCAGCCAAGACCCCACUUGCACUUGUGCACAUGGAUGUGGUGGGGCCCACAAGAGCCCCUUCCCUCUUAGGCAGCCGCUAUUUCUUGACAAUUGUAGAUGACCACACUCGGGCAGUGUGGGUUUACCCUUUGAAGAGCAAGGGGGAGGUGGCAGCGGCUGUCCUUAAGGAAUGGAUGCCUAGAGCUCAGAGGGAAUGCGGACACAAGGUGAAGGUGAUCCGCAGUGACAAUGGUGGGGAGUUCAUUGGAGCUGAUUUUGAGGGGGAGUUGAAGAGAAAGGGGAUCCAACAUCAACUGACAGUGCCCUACAACCCGCAGCAGAAUGGCGUGGCUGAGAGGUUCAACAGGACCCUGCAGGAGGGGGCACGCACUCUCCUUGGGCGUGCAGGGCUGCCUGAUCCGUUUUGGGUGUCUGCACUGAGGCAGGUCGCCCUUGUGAAGAACAGGGUGCUGGCUACAGUUGGAGAUAAGGAGUGGAUCCCAUAUGUCAAGUGGUAUGGGAGUGCUCCAGCUGUGAACAUGCUGAGGGCAUUUGGGUGCAUGGUGGUGUUUCAUGUGCCUAAGGAGAAAAGGGGGAAGUUGGAGGCUUCUGGAAGAUGGGGUGUGCACUUGGGGAUUGCAAAGGAUCACAAGGGGUGGCUGCUAUGGGACUUGACCACCCAGAAGUUGACAGUGUCAAGGGAUGUGAAGUUUCUUGAGUCCCUGUACUACAAGGAAUGGAAGCAGCAGCAACAGAAGCUUCCAUCUACACCGCUCAUUGUGGAGGCAGAUGAGGUGCAGCAGCCUUCAAGACAGGUGGAGGUUGCAGUGUCAGAGGAGGAGAUGUCUGGGGUGACUGAGGAAGGGGGAGCAGCUGAGGUGGAGCAGCAGCAGCAGCAUGAAUCUCCACCUCGAGUUCCACACCCGCCUGAGCGUCCUAGGAGGGAUGUGCGCCCUCCUGUGAGGCUGACCUAUGGGGGAAGAGGCAAGCCGAAUGUGGUGCAGGCUGGGAGUGUGGUUGAGCAGAUUGAGGAAGAUGAGAUCGCUCACUGCUACUGGGCACCAAUCCCUGAGUACAUGGCCUUACACCAUGGGGCCAAGGAAGUAGUGUGGCUAAGGCGUUUGUUGGAGGAGUUGGGAGUUGGUCAGGAGAAGCCGACAGUUGUGUUUUGUGACAAUGAGUCCGCUGUGAAGCUCGCCAAGAAUGCUUGUCUGCAUGGGCUGACAAAACACAUAAGGCCUAAGUGGCAUUGGGUGAGGAGAAUCCUUGAUAAGGAGGUGCGGCUGGAGAUAGUGAAGACCCAUCAGCAGGCAGCAGAUAUUUUCACUAAGCGUCUGGCGGAGGCGGAUCAUUGGAAAGGCAUGAAGCUUGCUGGAAUGAGUGUGCAUUGAGUAUGCAUGCUUGAGAUGUUGGUAUGGUGGUUGAUGGUUGGCAGCCAGAGGGGGAGAUUGUUGUGUGAUGUCAUCAUAUGCUAUCACAUUCUGUCUGCCUCCCAUCCCAUGUUUUUUCAACUUGCAUGUGUGGUUUGAAUGUGCAAGCAUUUGUGUGUGGUGUGUUCUGGAGUUUGGGAAUGUGUUC